UAAAAAUUGCCGAAAUUAAAAUGGCACUGUAUGUUGCAAAUCACAGUUCAAUUAAAAGUGUAGAUCACUUGGGUGAAGUUUUAAAGCAACUUGGCAAAGGUAGUCAGCUUGAAAAAGUACGUUUACACCGCACAAAAGCAUCUAAACUUAUUUUAAACGUAGUGGCACCUGAAAUGUUAAUUGAACUAAUUAAAGAUAUUGGUGACCAAGAUUAUUCAGUUAUAUUGGAUGAGUCGACAGAUGUGUCGACGGUUAAAUACAUGGCGUACUGCGUCCGAUAUUUCAGUAAUACUUGCAACCAAUUUGUUACGGACUUUCUAGGAUUUGACGAAGUGUCCUCUGCUACAGCCGAUAACUUAUACAAGAAUUUCAGAGAAUUCUUCUCUAAAGUUGGCUUGAAUCUUGACAAAUUAGUGGGCAUAGGAACUGAUGGAGCCAGUAAUAUGUGCGGUGUGAAGCACAGUUUAUUCACUUUAAUCAAAAAAGACUAUCCCAAAGUCCAACUAAUGAAGUGUAGUUGCCAUUCUCUAAGUCUGUGUGCGUCAAAAGCAAGUGACGAAUUACCAGCUUCUGUCGACUUUUUGUUAAGAGAAACUCGUAAUUGGUUUUCAAAAAGUCCGUUACGACAAACAACUUAUAGAACCAUGUAUGAAAAAAUUAAGGACGGAAAAAAGCCGCCGAAAUUGGUUCAACUCUCUGAUACUCGUUGGCUUGCAUGGACUAAUGCCGUAACAGUUGUUUUGAAACAGUGGGAUUCACUAAAAGCAUUUUUUACUAAAUUGGAAAGUUCUCCAGCCAACAAAGAUAUUACUGCUCGAAAUUUAGGUCAGAUGUAUAGAGACGAAAGCAACAUACUUUAUUUAUUGUUUUUAGAUACUGUUUUAAAGGAAGUUACUGAUUUAAAUAUUGCAUUCCAAAAAGCAAAUGCUGACAUAACAAAACUUUAUACUGAUUUAAGAAUUCUAUUAUUAUCUGUAGCGAGGAGAAUUUUUAAGCCUAUUUAUUUAAAAUCUAUUCCGUCAAAAACAGCUUCAACGGCGAUGAUCCAUCAGGCAGAUAUAGCUGCUGUACAACGUGCAAUAUCAAAAGCUAACUGUGACUUUGAUAACUCCUUACUACCAUUAGACUCAGUUGAUUUUGGUUAUAAAUUUUCUAUGUAUCUUACCAAGUCUACUAUUUCUAGCGAAAAUUUACAGACUGUGAAAGUGAGAUCAAGAUCAUUCAUGCUCAAGUUAUGUGAGGAGUUAGUUAAGAGAUUUCCUGAUAAUAUCUCAGUUUUAACUAACAUACGGUAUUUUAUCCCGAAAUUAUGCAUGGAUCAAACGUCUAAUGUUUCUGUCGAGUGCCUACCAUGGGAUUUAGCAGCUCAAGACGCAGACAGAGAUGCAAUUGAAAGACAGUGGCGGAACUUAAGGACUAUGAGAAUUAGUGAAAUUUGUGACAAUGUUGAUGAGAACAUUAGCACUAUUGAUUUUUGGAUUGCUGUAAACAAAAUUGAGAAUGCUAAUGACUCUAAGCAGUUUAAAGAUUUAGCAGCAUUUGCUUUGAGGGCACUAUCUUUGCCCACAAGCAAUGCGGAUGUUGAACGUGUAUUCAGUGUGAUGGCUGUGAUCAAAACAAAAUGUAGGAAUCGCAUGUUAAUAGAUAUGCUAGUCUCUUUAAUGCGAAUACGCAUUCAUAUGCGAGUAUUUAAGCUGUGCUGUAAGAAUUAUAUGCCAACUGAUGACAUGGUAAAAAGAUUUACUAGUCAAAUGUAUGUAGUAUCUGGUUUAAUAGGAUAGGAUACUAAAUGUUUA